UCAUGUCUCCACAUGUGUGUGUGCUGCUGUGUGGCUGCUGGACUGGUUCCUGACGUCACUCUGAAGGUGGAUUUAAACGGCGUCCUCACAUCAGACACACUCAGACAGACAGCAGGACUGAGCGGAGACCAGCGGCAGCAUGAAGCUGAUCUGAGGAUGAGUAAACAGAAAACAUCAGACCCUCCUGGUCCUGGAUCAGGAGGGGCAGCUGGACCUGGACCUGAACCUGAAGCUGCACCCAGCAGUGUGUCCAUGAAGAGUGACCGGUCCAAAGGCAAAUGGAUUAAUUUCAGAGGGUCUCCUUCCUCAGAGUCUCAGAUGAAUCCAGGAUCUGAACCCAGCAGUGUGUCCAUGAAGAGUGACCGGUCCAAAGGCAAAUGGAUUAAGUUCAGAGGAUCUCCUUCCUCAGAGUCUCAGAUGAAUCCAGGAUCUGAACCCAGCAGUGUGUCCAUGAGGAGUGACUGGUCCAAUGACAAACAUAUUAAUUCCAGAGGAUCUCCUUCCUCAGAGUCUCACUCUGACUCUGGGUUUCCAUCCAGCCGAGUGUCCAUGAAGAGUGACUUGUCAAAGGAUGAACCCAUUAACUUUAAACCAGGACCAGGACCUGCUGAGGAGGGCGUCAGCCAGCAGAACUCCCAGGUUCCCCGUGGUGACUCCACCCCUUCUUAUCAAAUUUAUAUGGACUCCAUUUUUACGGUGCUGGAGGACAACAUGGUGACUUUCAUAAAGAAGGAGCUGAAGAAGAUGAAGAAGCUCCUGAGUCCAGAUUACCCAGCAUGUUCAGAGAGUGAGAGGGAGGAUGAGGAUGAAGAGCAGAGGAGCAGCAGAGAGUCAUUUCUGAGGAUCACACUGGACUUCCUGAGGAGGAUGAAGCAGGAGGAGCUGGCUCAGCGUCUGUGGAGCAAAACUUUUGCUGGAGUCUGCCAAAAGAAGCUGAAAUGUGGCCUGAAGAAGAGGUUCCAGCGUGUGUCUGAGGGAGUCGCUAAACAAGGAGAGUCCACCCUCCUGAACCAGAUCUACACAGAGCUCCACAUCACAGAGGGAGGGGCUGCAGAGGUCAAUCAGGAACAUGAGGUCAGACACAUUGAAACAGCAUCCAGGACAGCAGACAGAGCAGAAAGAACCAUUGGACCAGGAGGCAUCUUUAAAGCCUCACCUGGAAGAUCUAAACCAAUCAGAACACUGCUGACAAAGGGAGUGGCUGGCAUUGGGAAAACAGUCCUGACUCAGAAGUUCACUCUGGACUGGGCUGAAGACAAAGACAACCAGGACGUCCACUUCAUAUUUCCAUUCACCUUCAGAGAGCUGAAUGUAGUGAAGGAGAAGAAGUUCAGCUUUGUGGACCUUGUUCAUCACUUCUUCACUGAAACCAAAGAAGCAGGACUCUGCAACUUUGAAGACUUCCAGGUGAUCUUCAUCUUUGACGGUCUGGAUGAGUGUCGACUCCCUCUGGACUUCCAGCACACUGACUUCCUGACUGAAGUUACAGAGUCCACCUCAGUGGAUGUUCUGCUGAUAAACCUCAUCAGGGGGAAACUGCUUCCCUCUGCUCACCUCUGGAUCACCACACGACCUGCAGCAGCCAAUCAGAUCCCUGCUGACUGUGUGGACAUGGUGACAGAGGUCCGAGGGUUCACCGACCCCCAGAAGGAGGAGUACUUCAAGAAGAGGUUCAGAGAGGAGGAGCAGGCCAGCAGGAUCAUCUCCCACAUCAAGACCUCACGAAGCCUCCACAUCAUGUGCCACAUCCCGGUCUUCUGCUGGAUCACUGCUACAGUUCUGGAGAAGGUGUUGAAGAGCAGAGAGGGAGGAGAGCUGCCUAAAACCCUGACUCAGAUGUACAUCCACCACCUGGUGGUCCAGGCCAAAGGAAACAAUGUCAAAUUUGAUGGAGGAGCUGCCACAGAUCCACACUGGAGUGCAGAGAGCAGGAAGAUGAUAGAGUCUCUGGGAAAACUGGCUUUUGAUCAGCUGCAGAAAGGAAACCUGAUCUUCUAUCUGUCAGAUUUAAAAAAGUGUGACAUCAAUCUCAGAGCGGCCUCAAUGUACUCAGGAAUGUUCACACAGAUCUUUAGAGAGGAGAGCGGCCUGUACCAGGACACGGUGUUCUGCUUCAUCCAUCUGAGCCUUCAGGAGUUUCUGGCUGCUCUUCAUGUCCAUCAGACCUUCAUCAACUCUGGAAUCAACCUGCUGGAAGAGAAACAAACAACCAUUCAACAAUCUCCACAACAGCCUCAGCUCCACCAUCUCCAUCAGAGAGCAGUGGACGAGGCCUUGAAGAGUCCAAAUGGGCACCUGGACUUGUUCCUCCGCUUCCUCCUGGGUCUUUCACUGGAGACCAAUCAGAGUCUCCUUCGAGGUCUGCUGACACAGACAGAAAGUAGCUCACAGUCCAAUCAGGAAACAGUCCAGUACAUCAAGAAGAAGCUGAGUGAGAGUCUGUCUGCAGAGAGAAGCAUCAAUCUGUUCCACUGUCUGAAUGAACUGAAUGAUGGUUCUCUGGUGGAGGAGAUCCAACAGUCCCUGAGAUCAGGAAGUCUCUCCACAGAUAGACUGUCUCCUGCUCAGUGGUCAGCUCUGGUCUUCAUCUUACUGUCAUCAGAAGAAGAUCUGAAGGAGUUUGACCUGAAGAAAUACUCUGCUUCAGAGGAGGCUCUUCUGAAGCUGCUGCCAGUGGUCAAGCCUCCAGCAAAGCUCUGUACGCUGAGCUGCUGUGGUCUGUCAGAGAGAAGCUGUGGAGCUCUGUCCUCAGUUCUCAGCUCUCAGUCCUCCAGUCUGACACAUCUGGACCUGAGUAACAACGAGCUGCAGGAUUCAGGAGUGAAGCGUCUGUCUCUUGGACUGGAGAGUCCUCACUGUAAACUGGAAGCUCUCAGUCUGUCAGGGUGUCUGGUCUCAGAGGAAGGCUGUGCUUCUCUGGUCUCAGCUGUGAGAUCCAAGUCCUCCCAUCUGAGAGAGCUGGACCUGAGCUACAACCAUCCAGGAGACUCAGGAGUGAAGGAGCUGUCAGCGGCAGUGGAGGAUCCACACUGCUCACUGGAGACUCUCAGGGUGGACCAUGUUGGACAGCAGUGGCUCAAACCUGGACUGAGGAAGUGUAAGUUGGACUCAUCACUGUCCGUUUGUCUUUCAAUCAAAGCUUUGGAUUCAUUCAAACAUUCCUGACAAGAGAAGCCUGACAAAAAGUGUCCUCAUCAAACUUUCUCUCCA